UCUCCGGACCCGCAGCCAGUCGGCGGCGCAGCAGCCGCAGCGAGCGCGGAGGCGGCCCCGCAGCCCCAGCCCGGACCCCGCGGGAGCGCCCCGCCCCGCCCCGCCGCCCCGCAGCCCCGCAGCCCCGCACAGCACAGUCCGCCCAGAGGAGAAGAUGGAUUGGAGCACACUGCAGACUAUUUUGGGGGGUGUCAAUAAACACUCCACCAGUAUUGGGAAAAUCUGGCUCACAGUCCUCUUCAUUUUUCGCAUUAUGAUCCUCGUUGUAGCUGCAAAGGAAGUGUGGGGAGAUGAGCAAGCUGAUUUUGUCUGCAACACACUACAGCCUGGCUGCAAAAAUGUGUGCUAUGACCACUACUUCCCCAUCUCUCACAUCCGACUCUGGGCUCUUCAGCUGAUCUUUGUGUCUACCCCCGCUCUCCUGGUGGCUAUGCAUGUUGCCUACCGGAGACACGAGAAGAAAAGGAAGUUCAUUAAAGGAGAGAUAAAGAGUGAAUUUAAAGACAUCGAAGAGAUCAAAAGCCAGAAGGUCCGUAUCGAAGGGUCACUGUGGUGGACGUACACCAGCAGCAUUUUCUUCCGGGUCAUCUUUGAGGCAGUCUUCAUGUACGUCUUCUAUGUCAUGUAUGACGGCUUCUCCAUGCAGCGUUUGGUGAAGUGCAACGCGUGGCCUUGUCCCAACACAGUGGACUGCUUUGUAUCCAGGCCCACGGAAAAGACCGUCUUCACAGUUUUCAUGAUCGCGGUGUCUGGAAUUUGCAUACUGCUAAAUGUCACUGAAUUGUGCUAUUUGCUAAUUAGAUAUUGUUCUGGAAAGUCAAAAAAACCAGUUUAACACAUUACCCAGCUAGUGGAUAAAAAGAGAGGGUGAAAAGGAUGAGGCACAGGUGCUUUGCUACCAAGGCAUGGUCACCAGCAUUUCCCAAGAUCAAGAUUCUUAAACACAACCAUUUGAAACUGUUCUAGAUCUAAGUGAAACUCCAGAUGCCUCCAAGAGAGCUUUACUCUCCUAAAGCUUGAAAACAAAGGCAUAAUUCUAUGCCUAUACUGAUUUUUACUAUAAUUAGUUCUAGUGAAGCCCAGGGCUAGGACGGGUUGCGGGUGUAAGGACUCUCCAAUUUUAAAUAAAGGACAUCAGCAUUUGUUUCUCUUUCUUUGAGGAAAGGAGAGAAACUCCAAGCUCUAAAGAGGACACUGAGAAGGUUGGGUUGGUCCCCUUAGGAUUCCCUUUGUCAUUUUCCCUGAAUUAAAGGUGAACAUAGAGAUUCUUGAUUCUUUCAUUUACUUGGGAAGUUUUAGUAUCUAACAAUGGGCAGGGUUAUCUAAUGCUUCAAACACUUGUCACACUUUUUUUAAGCGAAAACUUUAAAGUGGGAUAUGUUCUUUUGAUCUGCAAGAUGUUCUGAAACCAUUAGAUGUUCCUCCUGUUUCAAAGGCUCAGAUUAUUAUAUAUAAAUGGUGUGCAAUGAGAUACCAUCAUUGAAUUUAAAACACGGUUUUUCGGUUACGAAUAAUUUGCAGUGCCAUGUGAAGCUAUUUGCUGUACUAGUUGUGGUAUGUGUCACAUGAAAGCAUUCCAGCCUCUCACAUGUGAAACUCCCCAAAAGUACCGAGUGAUGGCUUAUAAUGGCAAAGGGCCUCCUGUCAAAAAUUUAGGUUUAAUUGGUUUAAUUUUGCAUAAGAAAUAUGGGCCGGAUAGACCACCAACUACUACCAACUACAGGCUGGCUCAAGACCCCGUCUUUCCUGUACGGUAUUUACCUUUUCCAGGACUGUGGUAAAUGGUAGGAAUACUGAUUUAAGGAGCUUGCUUGGGAAUAUUUUAUUGCCACAGUACAAUUUAAUGGUGCAGAACAAAAUGGAGGGGAGGGUAAGUGACCAUUUUUAAAGAACAGAUGGAAAGACUAGACUCUAAAUUCUGAUGAUUAAAAAUGAGUUUUCAUCUACUUCCAAAGUUUUGUUUUCUUCCCUCUUCAGCAUCCAGCUUUCUUAAAUGAAGAUAGAAUUGAUAGAUAUUUGUUUUUAAAUAGAAACUAGAGUUUAGAUAAAUAUUUAGCAGGACAAAUUGAACUCUAAUAUUUUCAUUGUGCUUGACAUGGUUUCCAAAAAAUGGUACUCAGCAUACUUUAAUGAGGGUAAAUGUUUUCCUGUUGCCAAUAAUAGCAUUGUAAAAACAUUUUGUAAUAAUAAAUAAUAGCUUUAAUUA